AUGGCCUGCGGCUGUCUCGUGUCGCGCAAUCGUCAACUACUUGCUCACAAGACAUCCAGAACAACUCAUGGGCCUUCUCUUCCUGCAGUUGGCAUCUGCGGUCCCUGGAGACGAAAGAAGUUGCGUCGAAAGGUGACCAGCGACCCCUGGAAUGCCUCCACGACGCUUAACCAAAACAACUACAUCGACAGCGAUCUUUUGCCCAGCAUGCAGCCACAGCAAUUGAGCUAUGUGGAACAGAGUUAUAUUCACUUUCAUUCAACGCCUUCCUAUAAUGAAUUUUUAAUUGACAGUACGACCAACGCAGAUGCCUCGGCUCGGGAUUCCCUGAUCCUGCCAAAUAGAGCCAAAGUCGGUGUUGGUGUCAGCCCCUCGAGCGCCCGGGAUGCAGCAAACGAGUACACUUUACAACGCAUUACCCCCAGCGAACGUCAGCGGUCUUACGAAAAUGCCAUUGAACCGUGGGACCCUCAGUACCUACCAUCAGCUAAAUUAGAACCGAAAUCGCAUUUGGAAGCGAUUACUGCGCAUAGUCAUAAGCCGGAGUUUUACAGCGAACCCUCGAAUAUCAGCGAAGUCCCACCAAAGCCCAGCAUCUUGCUACCAGUUUCUUCUGCUAUUGGACAAAAUACCAGUUUUCUGCAGGAACGGACGGUGAGUGGAGCUGGAUUCGGAGCGGGGACUAGUAUUGCCGUCUCACCAGAUGGCAUGCAUACUUUUCUCAAUAAGUCAGUUUUCGAGGCUUCCACCAAUGAAAUGCAGCUAGAACUGAGUCCCAGGGGGACCGGUGAACUGCGUGGCACCAACCGUCAGCGGAACAUUAAUGGAGUCACGUUGGGCAGAGACGCAGAUGGCCCUUAUCCACAAACGAUGGCGCCCAAUGUGACCAACCACCAUCAAAUCCCUUCCCCAAAUUAUCAAAGAAUCACUCCACAUCGCAAGAAUACAAUGUCCCCGCCCUCUGCCAGGACAGAUAUGCCCUCAUCCGAAGUCGUACCCCACAGGGGAAACUCCAACAAUUCGGACUUCUACUGCCGCGUCCGAAAUGUCUAUGUCCUCCCGGAAUUCUCCUACUGUAUUUCAGCCCCAGAUGACCGGUUGGAGUAG